AUGAGUGAUAACAACAACAACACAGCAGCUGGCUUCGAUGCUGAAGAUGAUGACUACGUUCCUUAUAUUCCUAUCAAACAAAGACGCUUAGAAAAGCUUCAUAAAUAUGCAACACAGCGCAGGGUUACUGAGCAGCCAGACAAUAAUGCAGACGACGAUGAGGAUGAUGUGAUUGUAGCUGGGCCCAAAGCCAACAUUAGUUUAUUGGAUCAAACAGUACAACAAAAACUAGCAAACGCUGUGCCCGAGAAAACCGAAGAGGAAAAGCGACUGGAGGAGGAGAGGCGAAUCGAAGAAGCUCAAGCACGCCAUAAAGCCCUGGUGUCAGUGCAGGAAUCAGCCAUGGGGUUAAAGUACACAGAACCCAUCAAGACAUCAUGGACACCUCCUCAUUAUAUUAGAAACCUCACAGAAGUAGAUCACCAAGCCGUUCGCGACAAGUGGCACAUUUUGAUUGAAGGCGAGGAUCCCGUACCACCCAUUCGCCACUUUCAAGACAUGAAAUUACCAGAACCUAUCCUCAAAUACCUCAAAGAAAAGAACAUUGAAAAGCCUUCACCUAUUCAAAUACAAGGGCUGCCAGUAGCACUGACAGGACGUGAUAUGAUUGGUAUUGCAUUCACUGGCUCAGGUAAAACCUUGACAUUUUCAUUACCCUUGGUCAUGUUUGCAUUGGAGGCAGAGGUGCGAUUACCGCUUACUCAGGGAGAGGGACCCAUCGGCAUGAUUAUUUGUCCCUCGAGAGAAUUGGCGCGACAGACAUUUGACGGAUUGAACGACAUGGCACACGCACUGACAAAGGGUGGCAACUAUCCAGAAUUGAGGUCCUUGUUGUGUAUCGGCGGCAUCAAUAUGAGGGAUCAGCAGGAUGUGUUUCAAAAGGGCAUUCACAUGGUUGUCGCCACGCCUGGCAGAUUGAUGGACUUGCUCAACAAGAAGAAGUUUAAUUUGGACAACUGUAAAUAUUUAUGUAUGGAUGAGGCCGAUAGAAUGAUUGAUAUGGGUUUCGAGGAGGAUGUAAGAAAUAUUAUGUCAUAUUUCAAGAGCCAGCGUCAAACACUGCUGUUCUCUGCUACCAUGCCCAAGAAGAUUCAAGACUUUGCCUUGUCUGCUCUAGUGAAACCCAUGGUUGUGAAUGUGGGCCGCGCAGGCGCAGCAAAUUUAGAUGUUAUUCAAGAAGUAGAGUAUGUUAAACAAGAUGCGAAAAUGGUCUAUUUACUGGAAUGUUUGCAAAAGACCCCACCUCCUGUGCUCGUGUUUGCCGAGAAUAAGAACGACGUGGAUGAUAUUCAUGAAUACUUUUUGUUAAAGGGCGUGGAAACAGUAGCCAUCCAUGGUGGCAAGACUCAAGACGAACGUGAAUACGCCAUUCAAUCCUUCAAGGACUACAAGAAGGAUGUGCUGGUAGCUACUGAUGUUGCUUCUAAGGGUCUUGAUUUCCCAGAGAUCAAGCAUGUCAUCAACUAUGAUAUGCCCAAGGAGAUUGAAGAUUACGUGCAUCGUAUUGGUCGUACUGGUCGCAGUGGUAAAACCGGUGUAGCAACUACGUUUAUCAAUCAGAAUUGUUCUGAGCAAAUUAGACUGGAUUUAAAGCACUUGUUGAGGGAGGCAAAGCAGAGGAUCCCACCCUUUUUGGCAGCCAUGGAAGACCCAAGCGAAAAGUAUGGCAGUCUUACAGGCGGCUGUUCCUUCUGUGGUGGCCUUGGUCAUCGCAUCAACGACUGUCCCAAGCUGGAGCAACAGCGCAAGCAGCAAAUGAACUCGAUGAUGAGCAGCAGCAGAAACGCUGGCGGCGGAGGAUUUUAA